CCUCUGGCCAGGCUGUCCUGACAGACCACGCAACGGAGCAACGUCUGCGUUUGAUUUCAGUCUCUGAGCAGGAUGGACGUUGUGAAGACAUCGAUGCUGCUGCUGCUCCUGGCGGCGGUCGGCGCCAUUGCAGAUCCGAGCCCUGAAAACUGUGGCGGCCUGAACGUCACGCUGCAUGAGAAAGACCUGCACAAGAUUUUCGGGGACUGGGUCCUGGUCUGGUCCGUUACAGACCAUGAGACUGGCUUGGUCGAGUGGAUAAACGUCACCAGCUCCCACGUCGAGUUCCGACUCCUCCCUGACAACCACACCGUCACAUUCAGCGAGAGGAACGUGUUCCCUACUGGCAAGUGCAAAAACUAUUUUGUCAACUUCACCAUGCCCGCUGAGGACUCGACAGACCACACACUGCACCACGUCGGUGGCAAAAUCGAGGACGAUGGCGUUUUCUCUGACUACAACCAGUCGGGUGAAAUGCAUUUCUUCGAGACCUGCGAAGAGUGUAUGGUGAUGGUCUACAAGAGUACAGAGGGCCGAUUCCUGUUGAUCUACAGGAAGGAUGGGCACCAUCAGGAUGUUGACAAGGCAAAGGAACACCACGAAAAUCACAACAAACUGGCCGAGUGUCUGGGAUUCCCUCAUGAGCAAAUAUUCAUCUAUGAUGGAGUUGCAGAUUUCUGUCAUAAGAAAUCCGCUCCGGAGGCGAAAGUUGCUGCUGAUCAUGUUGAACCUGCUGCCGAUUCUCUGAACAGGAUGGACGUUGUGAAGACAUCGAUGCUGCUGCUGCUCCUGGCGGCGGUCGGCGCCAUUGCAGAUCCGAGCCCUGAAAACUGUGGCGGCCUGAACGUCACGCUGCAUGAGAAAGACCUGCACAAGAUUUUCGCGGACUGGGUCCUGGUCUGGUCCGUUAUGGACCAGACGACUGGCUUGGACGAGUGGAUAAACUUCACCAGCUCCCACGUCGAGCUCCGACUCCUCCCUGACAACCACACCGUCACAUUCAGCGAGAGGAACGUGUUCCCUACUGGCAAGUGCAAAAACUAUUUUAUCAACUUCACCAUGCCCGCUGAGGACUCGACAGACCACACACUGCACCACGUCGGUGGCAAAAUUGAGGAGGACGACGUUUUCUCUGAUUACAACCAGUCGGGUGAAAUACAUUUCUUUGAGACCUGCGACGAGUGUAUGGUGAUGGUCUACAAGAGUACAGAGGGCCGAUUCCUGUUGAUCUACAGGAAGGAUGGGCACCAUCAGGAUGUUGACAAGGCGAAGGAACACCACGAAAAUCACAACAAACUGGCCGAGUGUCUGGGAUUCCCUCACGAGCAAAUAUACAUCUAUGAUGGAGUUGCAGAUUUCUGUCAUAAGAAAUCCGCUCCGGAGGCGAAAGUUGCUGCUGAUCAUGUUGAACCUGCUGCCGAUUCUCUGAGCAGGAUGGACGUUGUGAAGACAUCGAUGCUGCUGCUGCUCCUGGCGGCGGUCGGCGCCAUUGCAGAUCCGAGCCCUGAAAACUGUGGCGGCCUGAACGUCACGCUGCACGAGAAAGACCUGCACAAGAUUUUCGGGGACUGGGUCCUGGUCUGGUCCGUUUUGGACAAUUGGAUAAACUUCACCAGCUCCCACGUCGAGUUCCGACUCCUCCCUGACAACCACACCGUCACAUUCAGCGAGAGGAACGUGUUCCCUACUGGCAAGUGCAGAAACUAUUUUAUCAACUUCACCAUGCCCGCUGAGGACUCGACAGACCACACACUGCACCACGUCGGUGGCAAAAUUGAGGAGGACGGCGUUUUCUCUGAUUACAACCAGUCGGGUGAAAUACAUUUCUUUGAGACCUGCGACGAGUGUAUGGUGAUGGUCUACAAGAGUACAGAGGGCCGAUUCCUGUUGAUCUACAGGAAGGAUGGGCACCAUCAGGAUGUUGACAAGGCAAAGGAACACCACGAAAAUCACAACAAACUGGCCGAGUGUCUGGGAUUCCCUCACGAGCAAAUAUACAUCUAUGAUGGAGUUGCAGAUUUCUGUCAUAAGAAAUCCGCUCCGGAGGCGAAAGUUCCUGCUGAUCAUGUUGAACCUGCUGCCGAUGUGAAGCCUGCAGAGUCCUAAGGGACCAACAUCAGAGAGUAAACAUUAACUAGAUGUUUUAUUGAACAAUAAAAUAG